AUGCAAAUUAUAUUCCUGGUUGCAUAAAAUAAAACCGAAAGGUAGUGUUUGUAAUAAUAAUGCCUUGUACACGGCCGGGCAAAAGAAAGUAUGACCUGAGGUUCAAAACAGACCUACCUAUAACUAUGAUACCCGUAUUUAAUACAUCACAUCGAAUAACCAUUUCUUGUAUUUGUUUGUUAGCCACUACCAUACAUGAUUUAAUACGCUCUAAUGUCCGGCAGUUUACAUUUAUUACAUGUUUUGUUUUUCUCGUCCUCAUUACAGAUCAUAUCUUUUAGUCGUUAUAAUCAGUAUCGUCUAUACUCACCCAUAGGUCUACGAGUACAUGUCCGACGUGGUAAGACUGUGUACACGUUAUAUCAAUACUCCCGUGCGCUCUCCCAGGUUUCCGUCCACACACAGAUCGAUCAUACAUUGUGACCCUCCUGUCUAUAUCACAAUGGUUUACUGGUUUCUAUAGUAACUUACAUGUCCCCGAUAUCGAUUACUGAUAGAGGUCAAGUUCCUAGGCGGACAUUUUACAGCAGACAAAUUGUAUGUAGUUCGAUGUUGUUGUUGUAGUUGUUGUUGUUGUUGUUGUUGUUGUUGUUGUUGUUGUUAGGUGAGAACCACGUGCAUAUACAAUUUCCCAUGAUCGCUGGUCUGCGGGUAAAACCUGAGAUGUUGAGAAAUAGAUGUCACACGGUUCUAACGUUUCUGGGUGGAGCUUUAGUGACGUUGUUGCUGAUAGCAACGUCAUCGUGGCUGACCUCUGAUGUCCAGGAUAUUCCCAAGACUAGAGUUAUGGAUCGAGUAUUUAGAAGUAUUACAGUCUUGGCCACCCCAAUCGGAGGCAAUUCAGCAGGUACUCCCCCCAGAAGAUGCACUUACGAGGAUGAGCAGAAAGGAUGUCAGCCAGAUAUAUCACGACUAUGUGGCCACGAUACAGGUGCCGUGCAAGAGGACGAUCCGUAUGGGCAACUCAGGAGAUGGGGGCUGGGACGUUUGUGUGGACCCACCCUACAGCUUUCAUGCUCCCUGCCUGGUCUACUCAUUUGGGAUAAGCUUUGACUUCAGUUUUGAUGAUGACGUGGCAAACAAGUAUGGCUGUGAGGUGCAUUCCUAUGACCCAAGCAUGAAGAAUGUCGGCGAUCACUCGAGAGGACAACAAAUCUACUUCCACAAAACUGGUCUAAAUUCAACUGACACCAUUAAUGAAGAUGGAUGGCGCAUGCGCACAUUUUCAUCUAUCUUGAAGGAAAACAAUCAUUCCAGCGAAACGAUUGACGUGCUCAAAAUAGACAUUGAAACUUCAGAGUUAUGGGCCUUACCGGAAAUGCUCAAAUCGGGAUCGCUGCGACACGUGAAACAGCUGUGUUUUGAAAUGCAUAUAAAGAGGGGUUUUCAGCCAGAGCCCAAUAAAGAGAAAUAUAUUUUUGGGCUAUCAAUCUUUCGGAAUUUAUAUGAAUUUGGUUUUAGAAUUUUCAAAACGCAUAAAAAUAUGUACCCAAAAUACACUUCAAUGUUUGGAAUGCUGCGAACGGGCUGUCAUGAAAUUUACAUGAUCCGCAAGGUGGAAAGCAUAUUAUUAGUAAAAUAGAUGCACGACGUGAAACUAUAUAUAUGUACAUUCAUUUCUAUUUAUAUAUGUUGUAUAUUUCAGUUUUGAA